GCCAAAUCGCCAAGGGAAUUCAAGACGAAAACGAUGAGUACGUGGCUUGUUACGAGACCGGUACGUGUCCAUCAUGUAGUUUGUUUGGUUGACUUGCCCUGUACUGACUGUCAAGCAGAUGUCAGGCUUCUCCAUUCGCCUUCCCCCGGUAAAAAGGUCCCAGAUGUGCUGCUGAAAAAGCGCCAGACGCGAUAUCCGGUUAUCGCGGUUGAGAUCGGAUCGGAUCAGAUCAGACCAAGACAUAAAUUAGUAUCAAUUCCAUCUAUCUGCUGCGUACAUACAGCCUUUACUCGAGGACUUCCGUUCGGUUCAUUUUCAUUUACUUUACUUGAAGAACAGGUUUUGUCUCACAGAUUACGUGAUUAUCAUUACAGUACCAUACAGGUAGAUAUGGACCCGGAAGAAUUAACUACCAUCCAACCUAGCUAG